GCCUCUGAUCAUUUCUCACAGGGUGCAUUUGCUCCAAGUGGACAACUGAAAAGAAAUUAUUUACCUCUGCCUUCACAGGGGACGUAAUUGCACCGCAGGCAUCUUGUGGGCCGCUGAAAUGUUCAGGGUGUGAGGAUUGCGGUAAAAGCCUUAUAGGAGAGUGCAAACUCCACGGACCACUCAUCAGGGCUAAAGAUAGGGUCAUUCCCAGCCGGGCCCGCCUCACCCUACCUCACUACCUCACUCUGCGAGUCUUGGAGCUGAGAGCUGGAAACCAGCAGAUCCUUGGUGUAUUUGCAAAGAAAGUAAUACAGAAGAGAACACAAUUUGGCCCUUAUGUUGGUCAACUGUCCACAAAACUGACCUGCUAUGAUGAGAGCAGACUAGUCCUGCAGGUGUUGAAAGAUGGAGGGAAGUACUUUCUGGACACUCCCAAUGAGGACUGUGGAAACUGGAUGAUGUUUGUCCGGCUAGCCCGGAACCAAGAGGAACAGACUCUUGUGGCUUAUCAGCACUGUGGAGAAGUCUACUUCACAACAGUCAAGCCAAUUGAACCCCACACAGAAUUGAAAGUAUGGUAUGCUGCCGAUUAUGCCAAAUUUAUGGAAGCUUCUGCAGUCUUCAUUAAAGAAGAAUCAGAUGUCUCUCCUUUGCCUCCAGUAGCAAAAGAGCCUGUAGACUCUUGGAUAUGCUCCAGCUGUGGAAGCACUUUUGCAACUUUUGCUCUGCUGGAAUCUCACCAGUGCAUCCAUAAGGACCGAGUCCUUCCUACAAGGUUCAGACCACCAAAUAAAUUGGGACCUGUAAAAGCAAAGAACAAGCUCAAAGGGAAACUGAGAGGAGCAUCAUUAGGCAAAAGCAUUACUCAAUGCUUUGGGACCAUUUCCUGUUCCUCUGCUGCAAAGUUCAGCUGUGCCAGCUCAGGAAGCACUUGUGGUGCUCUCGUGAGGUUUAUACCUAAAUGGAGAAAUGGUCGGUCUUCACUGCUGAAGGGAAAAGAAGUGAAGCAGCCAGAUAGUUUUCCCUGCCGACUCUGCGGGAAGAUUUUUGAUUCCAUUGACAAACUCACGGUCCACACUUAUGCGCACAAAGGGGAGCGUCCCUACAAGUGUUCCCAGCACGGAUGCACAAAAGCCUUCAUUUCCAAAUAUAAACUGCUCAGGCACUCGGCCACUCAUUCUCCCCAGAAAUCUCACCAGUGUGGCUACUGUGAAAAGACCUUUCACAGGAAAGACCAUCUAAAGAAUCACCUUCAGACUCAUGACCCCAACAAGAUGGCCUUCAAGUGUGAAGAGUGUGGCAAGAAGUACAGCACCAAGCUAGGCUACAAGAGACACUUGGCUCUUCAUGCUGCCACCAGCGGGGACCUCACCUGUAGGGUGUGUGCCCAAGAGUUUGGUGGUACCGAGGUUCUGUUGGAGCACCUCAAAAGUCAUGCAGGGAAGCCGACUGGCAACAUGAAGGAAAAGAAACAUAAGUGUGACCACUGCGAGCGUCACUUCUAUACCCGCAAGGAUGUGCGACGCCACAUGGUGGUUCACACAGGCUGCAAGGACUUCCUGUGCCAGUUCUGUGCCCAGAGGUUCGGGCGGAAGGACCACUUGACACGCCACACUAGGAAGACUCAUCCCCAAGAACUGCUGAAGAGCAGGUUGCAGAACGGUGACUCAGUGGGUCUCCUUGACCAACUCUUUUCAUACAGACUGAAGGAAGAUGCCAGCAUGCUGUCCCCUCUUCCUGAAAGGGUCCCUGUGCCAAAUGGGAUUGUGAAUAGUUCAGAAACAGAGGAAUACAACUGUUCACAUCUUCAUUCCCAGUCAAGCUUACAAACUGCUCUUCCUCUUGAGUCUUCUCCUCACUUGCAAAGGAUGGGCUGUGCAGACAGCCUCCCAGCUGUCCCUCCCGCACCAUGUUCAGCAGCUGUCCCUGUCAACCUGAACCUUCAUCAGCCUAACAAAUACGACCUUAGUUCUACCUCAUUUGCCGCAGGAGCCCUCAAGAAUCUGCCAAUAAAAGUGGAUGUUAAAGGUUACAAUGUGCAUCUUCUUGAGGACCUGCCGUUACCAGAACCUCAGUCUCUCCACAAAAUCAGUAUGGAAGAAGCUUCCUCAGGGCCUGUAGGGGAUACUAACAAGUACCCAGUGCACAAAGAGACAGAGGCAGCAGCUGAAACUGCAAGCCUGCCUUUCAUGGAUCUCACUCAUUUGAUGGGCUUCUGGCAGCUCCCACCAGGUGACAACCAGAACACUAUUGGGGACAUCACAAUGGCGUUUGGCUCAGAGGAACCAUCACACAGGCUGAAUGGCCUUGGCCAACAGCAAGGUCUUCAGCUAGCAGCUGGUGGGAUGGCCAUAAACCAGCUGCACCAUCUUCCUCGCUCCUUUCCAUCCACUACAAAUUCUGUAACAUUGCCUCACUUUCACCAUGCCUUCAAGUAACAAUCAUCCUGUGUGGGUUUUUUCCUUUUUGUUUUUUAAGACUGUGCUUCUUACUUAAAUCUGUUAGGACCGGGGUGUUUUUGUUUUGUUUUGAAGAAAAGCUGCCCCAGAUGUUUUCAAAGCACGUUAUGAACAUGGUAGUUAAAUUCAGGAUGUUAAUAAACAAGAAGCUCUAUUUUUCAUACUGUUAGUUUUUUAGCAUAUGACAACAGUAGAACUAACAUGUUUCCCUCAGCUCCCUCUAUAUUUUUGUUUCUUUUCAUGCAAACAACUGAAUAACUAUCUUCAGUGACAGCAAAGUAUCAUAACAGGCACAAUAAAACUAUGGCUGCUGCAAUAGGAGAAAUAUGGUUAGGGUGAUUGGGAAGAGGGGGGAAAUCACAAAGAAAUCAAUUUAAUGAGCCAUAAAUCACAGCAAAUUUGUACACAUGGCAAAUGUAACAAACAAUUUAUCAACAUCAGAUAGAUUUCUAUUAAGCACUUAAUUAAUGAAAUUUAUUAAUCCUUAAUUUAAAUCAGAAUCAUUCCAAGAGUAAAUCUUACGUCCUUGUUUCACUUUCUUCAAUGAUGUUUAUCACUAUUAUGUUAAACUAGAUUUUGUUUUCCGGCAGUUCAGCUGUGUGCCUUUUUCCUGGGGCUGGAAAUAACCACCACUUCUGAAUGGCUGUGUAAGAACUGCAGUCUUGGAUACAUGCAGUUCUCAGAAUGAGAAGUGAAUUGUCUCAAGUUAGAACAAAACAUUAAUUUUCAUUUAGAGCCGGAUCUGUCAAGACAUCAGACAUUUCUCUUUCUCUCUCUUUCUCUCUCUCUCUGUUUCUAGUAAAGCAUUUGAACAUUUGCUUAAAUUUAAGCUUAUGGUAUCCCAUUGGGUCAACAGCUUGAUUAAUUCAACACUUAAUAAAAAAUAAUGCAUCCUACCUAAGGGGCCUUUAUUCACCUUUUGUUGAUAAAAAUGGCCAUUGUUUAGUUGGAGAAAUGAUUAAUAAUUGCAACCAUCUGAAAAUAUGGGCUUUCACAGAAAUCCAGCCCUGGUGCAGGGGAGCCUGUGCUCAAGUGGUACCCCUAUGGAGCCAGGGACAGGUCCAUGCACAGAGGGGCUGUGGUGCUGAGCUGACACUGGGCCCUGUUCAAAACCAGGUUCUGAACCUGCCUGACGAGUGUCAGCUGAAAUUAGUGGGCAUGAUAAUGGUUGAAGCCAUUUUACUCAUGGGGGUUCUGCUCAGAAACAUCAGGACUGCUGCAGUUGGACUCCAGCCUUUGUUUAUUGCAGACCAGAGCCAUGGGGAAUUCUGGUUGUUUCCUGGGGUAAAUUGUCCAUGAACAGUUCCUGUGGACAGUGGGUUGGUGUGACAGUCCUGUGCAUGCAUGGUGUGACAGUACCUGAUGCAUGAACAAGCAGAAAUUGUAAAGAUCACAUUUUUCAGUAAUGACAUUAUUGAACAAAGAAACAAACUCUUCACAAUUUAGUUUGUUGCCUAACAAACUAGUUGCAAAAAAAUAAUAAUGGUUUUAGUGGAUGGCUCAGUUACUAAUGGAUUCUGUUUCAUCUGAAACAGACUCAGAAUUUCUGAAUCUGAGUAAAUUCUCAAACCCCAAGAACUACUGUUGUGUUAAAUCCAAAGAGAGUUCGUAGUACCAAUGGCCAUUACUAAUAUAACAUGGAGCAAGCAUGUUCUCCUCUCCCUCAUUAAUCGCAGGAAUAGUUCCAGAGAGCUUCAAAUAAAAAAUAAUUCUUAAAUUAUUGAUGUUUUGCUGUUACUGAGCUACAGAUCAUUGUAGUUGUACAAUGUCAUUGAAUAUUCUUACAAGUUGAUCGGUACUUGGAUUAAGGAUUGUCUUAUUGCAGCUCAUGAAAGAAUAUGUUCUGCAGAUGCAGUGCUGAGGGGAUUUUUUGUCAUGAAAAUUUUUGGCAUAAGACAAACCAAAAGGAAUUUUAAGGUCCUUCCUGUAAUGACAACUGCAGGAGGCAAACAGGUACUUCAUAGUCAUGUCCAGUGAGUCGUUAUUUAAAUUAUGAGUUCCAGAAUAGGGAAAAGGUUGCAAACAGUGUUACAUGCACAUUCUAUAGCUAGGCUUGUAUUUUCAUCUGGACUCGGAAAGAGGUGUGUGUGUAUAUUCACUUAACUGUAUUUUUUUCCUUGUUUGUGCAAAUUGUAUUCGCUUGGCUUCAAGCAAGCUUAUGUACUUGUAAAAAAACACAAAAAAACUAAAUUACAACAAAAAAUUCUUUGCUACAAAAAAAAAAUUGUAGCACUGCCUGAUCAUACACAUUUUGUCAUUUUGGUUUGUGCUUUCAUAAGGGUUGUCAGUAAUUACCUAAAUACUUGUCCUUGAAUUUAAAUGUAAUGUUUAGAAGCAAACAUUAUGCAGACACUGAGCACGUUCUUCCAGUUGAUCUUUUAGCCCUGGAGCAUGGUACCUGAGAUCUGGGCUGCCAACAGAGGUGCUGCUGCCUGAUUUCAGCCUCUUCCAAAAUAUGGAAAGAUGAUAAGCAUUCCUUACCAAUGCAUAUGUAACUACAGAUUAAAGACCGUCUCAUUCAAAUAAAAAGAAAAUAACCACUUCUGAUGCAUUUUAAAAUACUUUAAAAGCACACAGCCACGGUGUCUGCAAGUAAAGCACAGAAGCAAACCUUAAAUGUGCAAUGCUGCUUAAACCCAUCAGCCCAUUCAAUUUUCUUUUUCCAGAUUCUUGGCAUCAUAGAUGUAGCAGAAGGUGAUGAUGUCCCCAUGACAAAGAAAGGCAAAAAGUUUCCAAAAGUUAUGUUGUCAAAAAAUAGUUUUGUUUUAAAAUUCUUGCAACUCAAGAGACGUGAGAUACCCCCGAGUCAUCUAAUACUGUAAGCAGGACUGGACCUUCUGAAUGUGUUUGUGAGGGAGACCUCUGUAAACAUUUCUCAGAGGCCAUCAGUGGCUGAGGCUCGGGCUGCAGGACACCUCUGGUGGCACUGCCUUUGGCUCCUGCAGGGCUGUGACAGCUCCAGUGUGGGGAGAGCAGCCCCACGUCCUCUGUGGGUACGGUGGGGGAAGGCAGCAGCCCCAGCACGGACCAGUCCUCCUCCAAAGGUGAGAAGGGCAUGUAAGGGCAGAGAGCUGCCAUGGCCAUGGCACAGCAGGUAAGGGACCUGGGAGAUCUUAGGAUAUUUUACCUCACAUUCAAAUAGAGAUAAAAAUACUCUUUUAUCUGAGCUCUGCUUGAAAACCUGUAGAAGCAGAGCAGUGUGUGGUGAAUAAACAACAGAAUUACUAUAAUCAAAUCUUACUGUAAAAGAACAAAAUUUAGUAAACAUUUGGUCUCAUAAAAAGAGUAUUCUUUUUAUGAAAGAAGAAAAAAGACCGGAACCUGCUGAAAUAAUGUCAAGAAGCUAAAAUUAUACUACAUGGAACAAAAGACUGCAUCCUCUAUGUAAUCCCAAGUUGAUCCAUUGCUAAGUUCCCAUCCUCUAUCAGAAACCAAGUUCAUUUCUUUUUCCUUCAGUUUUAUUAAUGAACUUUUCCUGUUAGAACUUUCCAUUUCCUUAGUCAAUGUUUGCUGUUAGUUUCAGAAAAUUUUUCAUAGCCAGUCUGAACUGGGGUGGUACAUUCCAUAUAUUAAUAAUUGGUUCAUUUCUAGUGGAAUGUUUAAAAUGCUUUUCCUCAAUACACCAUUCCUGCCCUUAUACAUAAAUAUAUAUAUAUUUUUUUUGUAAGAUACUGGAAACAAAGCUAUGAAAUCCUACACUUCUGUAAACAGACAGAAAAUAAUGGGGACACACACACAGCAGCAAAUACAGUAAAACUUGCUCUAAAUUUGAAGAUUCAUUUAUUUGGUUGUUAAAGAAAGCAACUGUGGAAACAUUGCACAGUAUGGUUUGGAAUGGGUUUGGGUUUUUUUCCCUCUUCUUUGAAAGAAAGGCUAAGCAGCACUGCUUUAAUAUAUUGGGGCUACUGUCAUGCCUGCCUUUUCUAGCUCUAGGAGUUGCAGUUGCUUCAGUGUCAUCCUUUCUGUAUCCAUCUAAUCAUUAUUAGCUAGAGUCUAAGUAGUUCAAUUAAACUGUUUAAAAUAUGGUAUUUAUUACUGCUAUGUCCAACUACUUUUCAUCUUAAUUUACUUAAUGAGCAUUUAAUAGGUAAGAAAAUUCCUUAUGGAUUUUAAUUGAAAGCCUUACUGAAAAUUACUGGGCUAAAAAGCCCCUACUUGUUGCAUCACUGAAACUUUAUGGAAGGUGAUCCAAGGCUGACAGUGGAUCAAGUGACCAAAAAAAUAAGAAGGGAUAUACCUCUACAACAUUUCUGUCUUGCUGAUGAAUUUUUAAAAGCAAUUGAAGUGCUUAAUGCAAGAAUGAGAUUAGGUUUUAGUCUGAAAUCAAAGUGCUUUGAAGAGAUGCACAGCACACAUGGCCAUUUCUCAUGUAUCAAUCACUAUCAUUUAUUGCUUACUGGAAGACUGUAUUAAAUAUUCACAUGAAGUUCCACAA